UUCCUGCAGCCUGCGGUCUUCAGCCCAGUCUCUCUGGAGGCAUAUUGAAUUUCCCAAGCAUCCAAAUGGUUUGGGGGAAGACUUCACGUUCCACAUGAGGGGCAUUGUGGAAUAUCAGAGGGAGAGUCAGAAGACCUGCAUUUUAAUUCAAACUUAGCUAUUAACUAGCUGUGUGGCCUGGGGAAUUCUAAGGCUCUCUCAGUAUCCUCAUCCGCAGAGCAGGAGCGAUAGUACAAUACUACUUUCCACAGCUGUCUUGAGCACCAAGAGAACUAAUGUACAUGAAGCAGCCUACUCCUCCCAGUUUUUCAGCGUAAGGGGAGGCUCCUCCUGGGAGGACUGGGGAUGAGAGACAGAGGAGACAGAGGCUGGGCAAACUCCAGGCUCUAGUUGUGCACAGAGACUGCCCAUAGACCUUCUCCCUCCCUAGCUUCCACUCAUGCACAGACAGACAUUAGCUGCUGUUCAGUAACUGAGAUAAUUGGUUUUAAAGUCUUUUCCUUAUCUUUGCCCCUGACAGGCAGAAGCUGUGUAGCAGCAGUGCACCUAUGCAGACAGAGGGAGUGGUAACCAGAGAUAAGGUGUCCCCACCAUGGCCUACACUCAGUCCCUGGCCCAAGUCAAGGACCGGCUUCAGAUCCACAGCAUCCUGGCCCGGCAGUGCCUGGCCGAGUAUCUGGGUGUGUUUGUGCUCACACUCCUCAUACAGGGGACUUUGGCCCAGGCUGUCACCAGUGGAGGAACCAAAGGCAACUUCUUCAUCAUGUUUCUGGCUAGCUCUCUGGGUGUUAGGCUAGCCAUCUACAUCAGUGGUAAUGUCUCAGGGGCCCACCUGAAUCCAGUCUUCUCCCUGGUCAUGUGCCUCCUGGGAUGCCUCCCCUGGGCCAAGUUUCCCAUUUACUCCUUGGUGCAGUUGCUAUCUGCUUUCUGUGCCUCUGGAGCAUAGGUGUAUGCUCUCUAUCAUGAUGCCCUACAGAACUAUACAGGUGGGAACCUGACAGUGACUGGUCCCAAGGAGACAGCCUCCAUCUUUGUCACCUACCCUGCCCCCUAUCUGUCCCUGAGCAAUGGCUUCCUGGAUCAGGUUCUGGGCACCUGGAUGCUGAUUGUGGGGAUCUUAGCCAUCCUGGACACACGGAACAAGGGAGUGCCUGCGAGUGUGGAGCCUGUGGUAGUGGGGUUGCUGAUUCUGGCCAUCAGGCUAUCCAUGGGUGCCAGCUGUGGGUUCCCAAUCAACCCUGCCUGGGACCUCGACCCACGGCUUUUCACCUACGUGGCUGGCUGGGGCCCUGAAGUCUUCAGCGCUGGCAAUGGCUGGUUAGGCCCUCUAGGGAGGGCCACACUUAGCACAGCCACACACUAGUGGCUGGUGGCUCUGCACCAUCCUGAACACUCAGAGCCAGCUCAGGAUUUAGAGUGUGCCCAACCUGAAGCCUCAGACUCGGAAAGUCCUGCCGCAACUCAGGUGCAGGAGAGUAAGCUGUGAUUCUGACAUGACAGUCCUCACCUCCCUCAUGGACACUGAAGAGGGC